AAUAAAGAUGAACAACGGCAGCGCAGAGUCUCUUGCCCAAUACAGAAUAAACCUGACGGAUAUAGAGCCGUUUCUGGGGAAGCUAUCGGACAGCAGCGACGUCUACUGGAUCUUACAAGAUCCGGUCUACGAGCCGUUGUUGAGCGAAAGUCGCAGAAUGAUUACCAAUGAAAGAAUUGACGCUUACAAUGAGGUCGCAGCAGGGAUAUUGAAUGGCACCAAUAGGAAAUCAAGAUCAAAAAUCAAAAUUUUUAGCGUUUCAAGGCUCAUCUCAGAGGAAACAAUAGAGCAAUCCCUGGAUGGUCUCCACAUUCCAGAGACCAGCAGAGAUAUCAGUGCCAUGAUCCUUAUGAAUUCUUACUGCAACAAAAUCAUGAAGCCCAUAGAUGGCUCCUGCUGCCAGCCCGCGCCCCCCCUCACCUUCAUACAGAAGCUGGGAGCCAGUUUCUUUGCUUUAUCUAUUGGAGCUUACGUGGCCAUCAGCGUAAUCCAGCGGAACAAGCACAGGAAGAACAAGAUGUGCACGGACAUAGAGAGCGGGGAGGAGAAGAAGCCGGCCACCGUCAACCCCGCCGCCUCUGCACUGGAGGUCGCCCUCUUCUCCUUCUCCAAGUUGGGUAUCCUCAUGGCCUACUUCUACUUCUGUGACCGCGCAAACCUGUAUAUGAAGGAAAACAAGUUUUAUACCCACUCGUCAUUCUUCAUCCCCAUCAUCUACAUCCUGGUGCUGGGCGUCUUCUACAACGAGAAUACGAAGGAGACGAAGUUCUUGAACCGGGAUCAGACUGAUGAGUGGAAAGGAUGGAUGCAGCUCGUCAUCCUGAUCUAUCACAUCUCUGGAGCCAGCUCUUUUCUACCGGUGUACAUGCACGUCCGGGUUCUGGUCGCUGCGUAUUUAUUUCAGACUGGAUACGGACACUUUUCUUAUUUCUGGUUAAAGGGGGAUUUUGGACUCUACCGAAUUUCCCAGGUCUUGUUUCGCCUCAACUUCCUGGUGGUGGUCCUCUGUGUAGUGAUGGAUCGGUCAUACCAGUUCUACUACUUUGUCCCAUUGGUUUCCUUUUGGUUCAUGGUGAUCUAUGGAUCAUUGGCAUUAUGGCCCCAGAUAACCCAGAAGAAAGCAAAUGCCAAUAACAUCUGGUAUUUUGGCCUGGCGCUAAAGUUUGCUUUCCUGCUGCUGUGUCUCUACGUCCUGUCCCGCUCUCAGGAUUCCUUCCAGAAGAUCUUCUCUCUUUGGCCGAUAUCCAAGCUGUUCGAGCUGAACGGUGAAGUCUAUGAAUGGUGGUUUAGAUGGAGCUUAGACCGAUAUGCGGUUUUCUACGGAAUGCUGUUCGCAUUCAUCUACCUGGCGUUACAGAAACAUCAGGUGCUUUUCGAAGGAAAAGGAGAACCUCUGUUUUCCACCAAAGUCUCCAGUGUUUUACUCUUCUUCUCUGUCGUUUCUUUCCUGACCUACUCGAUAUGGGCCAGCAGCUGUAAAAACAAGACAGAGUGCAACGAGAUGCACCCAUCAGUUUCUGUCGUACAGAUUUUAGCUUUCGUCCUCAUCAGGAAUAUUCCUGGAUACGCCCGUUCCGUGUACAGCUCCUUCUUUGCCUGGUUUGGCAGAAUUUCCUUGGAGUUAUUCAUCUGUCAAUACCACAUUUGGCUGGCGGCCGAUACCAAGGGCAUCCUGGUCCUCAUCCCCGGGUACCCCAUGCUCAACAUCAUUAUUAGCACUUUCAUCUUUGUGUGCGUAGCACAUGAAAUCUCGCACAUCACCAAUGACCUGGCGCAGAUCUUGGUUCCAAAGGACAUGCCGGCGCUCACCAAGAGGUUACUGUGCAUCACCAUCUUCUUUUUUAUACUCCUGUUUUUAUCUGCAGUUCAACAUUAGCGGGACAUCGGGCAUAAACUAUUACAAAGACUCCAGGAACUAUGUCUACCUUACAUCAUGAGGACACCGCGGUGACAUAAUCUUUAUCUCUGGUACGAAGCCUAUAAAUCCAGGAACUAUGUCUACCUUACGUCACGAGGACACCGCGGUGACUUCAUCUUUAUAUCUGGUACGAAGCCUAUAAAUCCAGGAACUAUGUCUACCUUACGUCACGAGGACACCAUGGUGAUGUCAUCUUUAUAUCCAAAACGAAGCCUAUGACUCCAGGAACUAUGUCUACCUUACGUCUCAAGGACACCACGUGAGGUCAUCUUUUUAUCCGGUACGAAGCCUAUGACUCCAGGAACUAUUUCUACCUAACGUUGCGUCAGAGGACCUCCGUGACGUCCUCUUUAUAUACGAUAUGAAGCCUAUGACUCUAGGAACUAUUUCUAAAUAACAUCACCGUGCGUCACAUGACACCUCCGUGGCGUUAUCUUUAUAUAUGGUACAAUGCCUAUGACCCCAUGAACUAUUUACCUACCAUCCAUAAGACGGCAAAGCCUCAGAGGACACAUGGACCCUGUCUUCUAUAGGAGCGGCCUGCAACUUGUGUCUCUCCUGCUGCUACAGCGCUACUACUCGGGGCCUGCUGGAUGUGGUGGCCUCACAACAGCUAGGAGGCCAUAAGCUGUAGGAAGUAGGACAGAUGCAGAAUCUCCAUUAAUGGCAUAAAGAAGAAAAAAACUGUACAAACAGCAACUUAAUUUUUUUUUUUAUUAAGAAUAUCUUCCGUUUACAUGUUUCCAUAUAGAGGAGCGGCCGCCAAGGUGUGGACAGGUCACUCAGCCUUUUGCGUUUGCUGUAGAUGUUGGAGUGAGAGGUUAAAGACCAUUUCUGACCACUGAGGCUGUGAAGAGUGUUGGUCGGGUACGGUGUCCGGAAUUACCGUGUACAUAUGGGGUGUACAGAAUGGGCAGUCCUUCUAGGAGAACAACGAAAUAUGAUGCUUGAUUGUGUUGGGUGCAGUUAGGCUUGUUUCACACGGGCGUCAUACAAGGUGCAUUUUUGUGUCCUCUCACGGCCAUAAAAUUCUAACCCGACCGCUAGUCUGAUCACCUGAACUGACAGCACCAGGACCUGUAAGGACAUAGGAUGCUGGUGGUUUGGGUCAUUCGUCCCACGGUUGGGCCACGAUUUGUGUCUAUCCCAUGUGGACACAUAAAUGCCCCCGUAUUACACAGGUGUGUGAUUGGCCUUUGUCUACACAUUGUGGUAUUAUCGCGCUUUAGUCGUGGUUAUUAGAAAAUACAUAGACACAGGAAUGAUGUAAAGUAGACCCCAGCCCUUCCAUAUGUUUUUGGGACUGGUCAUUCACAACUGGUGGGUGAAGAUUUUUUAUUUUAAUUUUUUUUUUUACAAAAUGUUACAACUGGAUUAAAAAAAUGAAAAAAAACUCAAUACUCACCUCACUGAUACUCCUAUUGCAAUGCUUCCCGGGUCCCUCUUGGUCUCUUUUUAUUGCUCCCUUUUGAGACACAGGAAUAAACCGCUCAGCGAAAUCAGUGGCCACAACAGUGACCCCACCUCAGUCAGUGAUUGGAUGAGCAGUCAUUUCUUGUGUGGCGAGACAGCCCAGGAAAACGGACACCAACAGAGGACCUGGGAAGUGUCAGAACGGGAGCAGCAGAGGAUCGAGGAACAUUGCUUAUUUUAUUCCCCUGACAACCCUUUGAGUAUGGUAAAAUUAUAAUUUUUUUUUUUUUUCCCCCCCCCUUUUUUAUCCAGCAUUAAUGGGACUUGUUGGGUUCUCUAUUAUUGGACUAUAAAAAUUGCCUUGAUGAAGGCGGACCAAGAUUAAAUACCAUGUAUGAAUACUGCUGCUAUCACUUAAAGGGCUUCUUCAGGACUGACAUCCCCUUUUUAAAUGGCUGGGCAGGGUGCAUAUGUUAAAAAAAAAAAAAAAAUAUAUAAAAAACUUUCAACAGCACUCUGUGUCCAGCACCAAGAUGCUGUCUCUUCUGCUUCCUGCUGGACUGGAAGCUUGCCACGCUGUCUACAUUCACGUCACCGCUGCCAGCCAAUCAUUGACCACUACCGAGGCCAGCAGCAGUGACGUGGACCGCACAGCAAGGAUCGGUAGCGGAGGAGACCACUCUGUGCUGGACUUGGAGCGCUGUUGAAAGUUAGUGGGAUUUUUUUUUUCUGUGUUUAACAUGCACCCUGCUUGGCCAUUUAAAAUUUAAACAGGGGUUUCCAGUCUCGGAGAACCCCUUUAAUCAAUGAAGUCUCCUAAUUAUUUCUGCUCAGUCUUCCUGUUCUGUUAUUGUCAUGCAGUUUUGUGUUGGACUGUCAGAAUUCAUGGAUUAAAUAAAUAUCACUGUU